AUGUUGUCAUGUCAGUACACUGCGUCCACCGCGGAGACCUUUGAUUCGUUCAUCUGCCAGAACGCCUGCAUCAUCGUCAGUGGCAAGAAGCAUCGCGUACCAAAAGCCCCUACUCGCGAGGCCAACGGUGGCCUGGGCUUGAUGGUCAUAUUUGGCGACAUUGUGGUAGUACCCGCGGACCCGGAGGGCAAGGUGAACCUCGUCGGGCGCAUCGCCGUCCUCGGCUCACACGAGUCCAAGGCCGUCACCUCGUCCUUUGUUUACCCCACCGUUCCGUUCGUAUUGCGCUCUUGA